GUUUUUUACGCACAUGUAUUACGCACUGCAGUUACAAAAGUUUAUCAAAAUUUACGUUUAUUCCUCUCUCUAGUUUUGUGUUGAUAAGUUUCUAGUAAUUUUUUAGUCUCACCAACCUCAUAGCUAGCAGGACUGCACAGACUGCUAAAAAGGCGCCUCAUGUUUAAGUGCGUUCAGAAACCACAUUCUGGAUGAAAAUCUUUGUCUAUUGUCUAUAUUACACGUAACGUAUACUAUAGACAGACAUAGACAAAGACUUACCCAGAGUAUAGUUUCUGAACGCACCUUUCGUAACCUGAUACAAUAAAAUGUAGGUGCCAAAAAUUGAGUUUUUUCAUAAUAGCACACGUUUAUUUUUAUUUGGAAAAAAUAGUGAUAUUGAUUAAAUAUUAAUUUGAAAUAAUUUGAAUGGUAUCAAAUUAAUACUCAUUAAAAUUGAAGAAACUUUUUUCAAAGAAGUUUGACAGUUUUGUCAAGCUUGUUGUCAAUUGCAUAAGAUUGAUGGCCUAAUACUGAAUAAAUUUUCAUUUUUAAAGAAUUUGAAACCUAUAAUUUGGAAAGGGUUACUAUGAAAUGUGUAAAAAUUCCAAAUAAUAAAAAUUCGCGUUUGACUAUAAAGAGAGAUGAAAAUGUGACAAUAACAACAAGUGACAAGAUAAUGAAGAAGAAUGAUGAUUCUCCUCAAAGUUUUCAAGAGUAUCCGGUUUCAGGUUAUGAUACACCAGUUAUAAAAAAGCAAUGUGCAAACAAUACGGAAGACUCUCCGAUGCUUAAUUAUUAUCCAAGCCCAACAUUACUUCCAUUUACACAAGAAGGUGGUAAUGAAGUUGCAUGGGAUUGGCAAAGUUCUGUAAGUAAAACUCCUGAGGACAGAAGUAAGAAACAAAAUGCUUGUUGUGAUACACCUAAAGGAACUAAAUUGUUGCAACGAAAAAGAAAUUCAAACUCGCCUUUAUUAUACAAGCCAUUCAAGAGAAAGAUCAUCAAAAUGAAAAACAUAGAGAAUAUUGGACAGUUUGCAGCUGAGUUACAGGCUUUAAAUGAAAAAGUGAGAUUUAUCAAACAAAAUGAUAAGAGUCAUUCAGAUGAUCAUGUUCAAGAAGAAGAAGAAGCAUCAAUCUUAGUAAACACAAGCAAUGAGCAAGAAGUGUCAAGAGUUACAAAUAAUGAACAGAAUUGCAUCGGAGAAACUAAUAAUGAUGGCAAUAUUCUGAGAAACAAUGUAAGUGGAAACUACGAUGAUUUAUUUGAUGAUUCAGUUGACGAAUCUAUGAUUAAAUGCACUCAAGAGAUGGAAGAAAAAUUCAACUUGAUUGCAGAGAAAGAAAACUUCACACAGGCUAAUGUCGAGAAAAAAGAAUCACCUUGUGUAAACGAAGCGACUGUUAAAACUUCUGUAGAGCUUGUUUUUAAUGAAAACUUCAAAGAAUCACCAACCAAAAUCAUUCUUCAUAAAGGUACAAACCAUAGUAAUACAAUAAAGACAUACUCAAGAUUGCCGAUGAAAAAAGACGCAAACUCCAGCAUACAUACUGCAGCGCAAAGAGAUAAGAGUCGACAAAUCGCGGAUAAAUCGCAUCUAAAUAAUAAUAACAAUAUGAUAAAUUCUCUUAUUAAAUCCUGUGAUAAUAAGAAAUUGUCCAAACAUUAUAGCACAGAAGUGUUUGAUUUUCCAGAUGAUUCUUUUGAUGAUUGUUUAGCGACCUGCGUCGAGGAUGAGAAAUUAUUAUUUAACGAUUUCACAACUCGUAAAUCUGAUAGCACAAAAUUUGAAACUAGUUACAAACGCUUAACCCAUGCGUCACUAAAAUCGGAAGUCAAGCCCACUAACUUUCUUAAAUCUACAGUGAAAGUCGAACCACCGAGUUCUAUUUUCGAGAAUAGAAAGUUUUUUAAAACUAAAAGUUUAUCGGAUCAAUAUUUUGCCCAGAACGCGCAUACGUCCGUAAGUAGAAAUUCGAUUGUUACGACUGACCGUAAAGUAGAGGGUAGUGCAAUUUCGUUAAUGCGCAGCGCGGAUCGCACGCAUGGAUCUAAUGUUAACAGGUGCGCCGUAAAAGAAGGUGGUGAUCGCUUUGUUAAGCAUUACUCUACUGGUAACAUAAAAACCGAUACGAAAGAAACGACAAAAACUGGUUCGCAGCCGGCUCGGUGUACCGCGGAGGAAAUCGAAAAAAAGAGACAGCAGGCUCUAAUGAAACUUCAGAUGAAAAGAAAACUGCAAUCCAUGAAUGUCGCGAAUAAUAUUAAUAGGUGAAAGUCUUAUCUGUUUUAUUUAUUACUGGGAUCAUUAUUAUUGAAAAAGUAAUUUUCUUAAUUAUAAUGCUGUAUCAUAUCGUGACUCAUUCCGCUGAUAAAAGUGUCAUUUUUGUAAUCGUCACUGUUAUCUUUGCUUCGUCAUCAUUGUUGAAUUGUACGAAAUGGUUUUAAAAAAGUUGUAAAAUAUAUUUGUAAUUAUAAGUUUAUCAUAGUAUAUGAUCUAUUUGUAAAACAUUUAAGACUCAUAUACUCAAGAAUAUAAUUGGUCUUUGAAAGCCUAAGCUUUUUUUUCGGGGAUGAUUAUGCGAUUAGAUAAAUUUUGUCUGAGCAUCACUGAACUGUGACAAAUAAUUGAUAAUUAGCAGUUAAAAGUUUAUGUUAUAAAACAAAUGUGAAUAUAUAAAAAUAAAAUAUUCUGUU